AGUGCGUCAAGAUAUGAUCUUUCUGAACUGGUUUCAAUGGGAAAAUUUUUUGAAGAAAAUGUAAAGGAAUUUAUGGAAACAAAACUGAACGAUUUGCGCCCGGUAAUUUUUACUCAUUAAACUCUUUUAACGAGUUAAGUUAUUUGGCGUUGGACAGAGUGAAAGAUAAACACUUACUGAGACGGAGCGUAUGGCUCAGUUAACAUAUAUCAUCCACAGAUAUCAUGCUAUAAUUUAUUUUCACGAAUAUUUUCUUGAUGACAACCAAAUAAUAUGUUGCACCUUCACAUUCAUGCAUGGCUCUGAGGAAGUUUUUACUGAUUUUCAUCAAUACGCAUGCCCUGAAAGUUUAUUUUCAGGUAAAUCAGUUAACAAACGUUUAUGAAAACAAAGUUAAUUACUCUUACAUUUAGGCAAUGUCUUCCGAAUUACGUGAUCGUAUCAAUGAAGAUGCAGAGAUGGCACGAGAGGCAAUAAGAAGAGUUAUUGAAAUUCAUGGGUUGGGUUCAUACAACGAAGAGGUAAAAUCUUUUCGACUGCUUUCAUGCGACAAGCUCACUCCCUAAUACAAACAAGUUACGGCAGUGGUGAGCGAAUGACAACAACUCGAGAGAGUGGAGGUGAAGAACCUCGGGUUGAGGUAAUGACUUCCUUCUCCUGGAUGAAGUAUUUGUUCAUCCUGAAAGCCAACAUAUAUUCGUUCUGAGUUGGAAAAAUUCAAAAGAACGUCUCAACGUCUCAAAAAUAGUGAACAAUCCUCUCUCCUUGAUAAUUAAUAAUGGGAAUUUCAGGAGGAAAAUUACAGAAUUGCAGGAAUGAGAAGAAUCAACGGGAAACGUGGCACGGGAUCCCUAGCAUGGCAUUAUCGAUUAAGAACCAUCAUUGUGUAUGCCAUAUUUGAUUUUCUUAUUUUAUCUUUCAUAGAGUGACAAGAAUUCUCUUUCGAGAGGAAAAGGAGUGUUUGGUCUGGGAAGGUUAAGAAACACGAAAAGACCUGACUUGCCAAAAGCUAACACUGCGCCAGCUGGUACGUACAUAUGUAAGCUGCUGUUUCUGCUUGUCAUUCAUCAUUAACCUCGAUUCGCACUGAAUUUUGGCGAACUUAAUUAAAACUGAACGUUCCAGAUUCUUCAUUCAGAUAGAUGGCGUUCAUGACAUAAGAAUUUCCAAACUAUUUUAAAUAUAUGUCCUGAAAUGACUUGGUCAUGACAGUUUUGGUCUACAGUUUCUGAAGUUUCAAAUUAGUUUUCCUUCAUACCCUUCAACAUCAUAUCCAUGCAGAGACUUUACAGUGAAAAGGUCGACCAAGAUCUUUUACUGUAAAGAUAGAUUACAUUUCUUUCUAGAAUGACCCAAAUAUUAAACUUUUAAUAUAAAGAUAGAUUACACUUCGUUUUUGAAUGACCCUGGAAGUAUUGCACAUACUAAAAAUCAUAUUUGCAUACCCCAUGCAAAUAUGAUUUUUAGUAUGUGGAAUACUUGGGUUUAUAGUGGCAUUUUAACAUUUGUGUUGUUUGUCAUUAGGUGGAAUGAUCCAGUUCUGGAGAGUGUCUGAAGUGUGUGAAUGGUUAAAAAGUAUCGGCUUGGGAGAAUAUCGGGAAAUAUUUACGUUGUUUGAAAUCGGAGGUGAUCGACUGCUGCAUCUUGAUAAGGAACAACUCAAGGUAAGGUUUAUCGUAUUAAUAAAGCCACGUAUUUAUUGAUUUAAAUUAAGAACCUUACGAGGUCCGUUUCUCUUGUUUUCUCCCGAAUCUUGUAUUCUCCCGUUACGGAUUUUUCAUCUUCAUGCUCAAAUUAGUGAUACCGAAACGAACAUUUCACGUUGUUUGUACAUUCAGGACGCCAUUUACGGCGUUUUGAAAACUUUGAUUUUCCUAUACAUUUGACUGGGAUUUGCCGCUGCAGUGAAGAUUUUAAUUCAGAGGUCCAUUUUUGGAAAAAAAACUGAAGUUAGUGAGAGGAAUUGAGUGGUUCAUGCGAUAUUUUUCUCAACGGUUUGUAUAUAUCUUUAGCUCAAUUGGGUUCUGUUACCACAUUCGGGGAUAAUGGAUUGAAGCCUUUGUACUGUAGAUCUACAAUUUCCUGCAGGGAGCUUUACAGCUUGUACAUACAAGCAAAAAAAACAAAACAAAAUAUAACUGUCAACUGUUGCAUAAUUAUUGUUAUCCAGAUUCCCCAAGUGUCCGCUAUAGUAUGUACCAAUGAUAAUUUGUAUAGCCAUGUAAAAUUUGUUUUUUAUCAAUUACACAGAAUAUGGGUGUAAAUAAGCAGGAACACAGAAAGAAGAUCCUUCGAAGCAUCAAAAGUUUGUGUGGAGGUCUUCCACCCAGUACGGCAUUAUUGAUCGACAGAACCGAACAUGGAAACCGACUGAAGAUUAAGAAUCUCGAUAUUGAGAAGGACUUUGACAGUCAGUAAAUCAAAUGUCUUAAUGUUGUUUUAAUAGAGAAAGUUGCACGGCGUAACUCUUUCAGGCUUCCUUAUAUGAGCCAGGUUGCGUGGGGAAACUCGUAUAAUUAAGUGCUUUCUCCGUGCCCAAGAGCUUUAGUCCAUCAUGUGGUACAGUGUAGAUCAAAUCUGUUCAAGUUAAUUGCACUUGUCACUCGUUUCCAUUUAGCCCGGCGUAACUAAGUGCUGUUCAUUCAUUUGGUUUGCGUGCUUGCGAACACCAUAUUUUCCGAGCUUCUCUGGAGUCUAUAGAUCUUAACUGGCCUCAGAUUCUGACGAGACUUGAAAAAGUAACUUAGUCAGUGACAUGUCAUAUGACAAUGUUCCCAGAAAUACAGUGGCUAGAUUUGUUAAAGCCUCUAGAUCAGUUCAAUUAGAAAUUAUGAUUUGCUGUACUUUUCCAUCUCACUGAUCGAGCUGGGAAAAAUUAUUUCAGAAAAGACCGAUGGUCUAAGCAUCGGAUAAUAGGGAGCUUUAGCAGCGAGUACGAGUACGAGAUUUGCUCGCGUGCGAGGAAAUCACCGUAGCCGUUCUCGUUUCCGUUCAAAUGUUGCUUUUAUAGUAGUAGACAAACAACGAAAGAAAAAGUUCAUAUAAACUAAAUCUCCUGCAGGCCAAAAUCCCCUACAAAAUGUGCAAAUAACAUUAAAAACAAGCCAGAUAUUUAAUACUAAUAGAUUAUUUGCGCCGGAUAAACGCUACAAAUUAUUUUUGAAAAACAAUUGAAAAACAAUUUUUGUUUUUUUGAAAAGUCGUAGUGAGGACUACGAGAUUUCUCCACAAUUUCGUACUCAGAUGAGUGACGGCUACGACUUUUUCGCGUCAGUACGGGAUGGCGUAAGCAUACAGCAUGCGUUUCGCUUGACAAAUCUCGUACUCGUAGCCGUACUCGUUGCUAAAGCUCCCUAAUGCUCCAGUGACCACGGCCAAUAACCUUAGAACAUAGCCUGCGUCACAGUCGACGCUCGUGGGCGUCUAAUCAGAAGAGGCUGAAUUUGAAUUUCUGACUUAGUUCUCUUCAUGAAUUCAGAACUUUACCUCAAUUCAGUAUUCUUGUCCACGAAUUUCUAUUCUGCAUCAAAUGAUGGACGAUCUUCUCCAUUAAAAUAACAGCUAAUUUCAUGCACGUUCCAUAGUUGAAAUGUAAUAAUAUAGAAUGAUUUUUAGUAUUUAUUUGUUAGGCUGGUUCCUCCUAACACUUGUAACUUUAUCUGGUAUAAAGAGAGUUUUAUAAAUUGAAUUAUUAUAAAUUAAAUUCUCGUGUAGUUUGUGUUGGUGAUUUUUUUAAGAAGGGUUAUACAGAGACGUGCUGGG